UGGUGAAAAGGUCGCUCGCGGUGGUGUAGUAACUUUUGGGCGCAACAAGGACAUCGAUGUUGUUUGUGUUGGAAAUGUGAGGGCCCGGGAGAUGUCUUCCAUCCGUCCACAGUGCGAUUCAUGCACCAGCAGUGGGCAUCAACACACUCACACACCAAAAAAAAAAGAGGGAAAAGAACACCGUAGAUGCCUCGAAAAAGGAAGGCAUUCACCAAUUUGGAAGGAACUCGCUCCAGCUUGAUCAAGCUUCCAAGCGUGAAGAAUCGUUUCCUUCCAUCCAUCAGACUUUAUAGUCUCUCCGUGAUCCGUGAUCCUAGGAACACUUCCUCUGAAAAGUAAAAAUGCUUCUUUUGGGAGAUUCUCCAUGACACGAUCGAUGUGGGCUCCCGGCAGGAGCGCCGCCGCGCGGAUCGAUCCAUGUGGGCAGUCGCCUCCGCGGCCCGGAUUUAGUGGGUCGAUCGCGGAUUCGGGAAUUCGCCACGAAAAUCCAGGGUGGUCGUCUCCAUCGUCGCGGUGAAUGCCCAAUGUGGGUGACGAGAGGAGCAAGAUCAAAGAGGUAAGAAGAAGAAUCACCAUCUCUUCCCUGCGAGGAAUUUGGCUCUGCGCGAUCAUCACAAUCAAGCUGGAAGCUGGAAUCGAUCAUCGCGUGCACUCCCAGGACGAGCUCGGGAGCCUAGAGAAGAGAUCUUCGAUGUGGCCACCCGACCUGAAUUGGGAGAAGCGCUUGUCGCAGAAGCCGGACAACGUAUCCCUGGCGGGCGAGGCGGGCAUCGCCGAUUCGAGCUACCUAUCGAGCUUGGUUGGCUCCACGAAUGUGGGAGUCGGGCAGCUCUCCGGGCUUGCCAGGCAGUGGGAAUCCAGUCACAGCAAUGCAGUCCAGCUGCUCAAGGAGGAGAUGGAGUCGCUCUCGUCACAGCGCAGCGAGGCGGAGAGCAAGCGGCGCCGGAUUCUCGACGAGGAAUCCUUCUACGCGGCGGCGUCGCGGGACAAUCGAUCGGUGCUGCGCGGCUCCGGGACGCUCGAGGAGCAAGUCAAGCGGCAAGUGAGUGGAGUUCCUCCGCUGGUUGGAGUCCUUCCUCCUCCAUCGCUGGAUGAUAGCAAAGUUGGCACUGUAGAGAAAGAGUGGAGAGCUCCUCCUCCUCCUCCUCCAGGAACUUUGGAGGGCGAUGGCGGCGGCAAUGCUGCUGCUUGCUCUUGCGAGAGGAGAGGGAGCUUUGGAUUGGAAGAGGGAGGAGAAGGCUAUGGCGACCAGGUGGAGCAUUGGAACGGGAGGAGAUUCUCAUCAAGAAACUCGAGGAGAAAUCCAAGCGCCUGGAAGCAGUGA